AUGGCGGAAGCUCCUUUGAAUUAUGAAGCCUCAGCUGGCACCACCAAUCUCCAAGUCUCGAGAACCUUACCAUCGGAAGUAGUUCAAUGUUUAGAAAAUGCUAGAUUUCUUCAUCUCGCAACAUGCACAUCUCUCCGUCCUCACGUUUCUCUCAUGAAUUAUACCUAUCUGCCCAGCACCCCCUGGUCUCCCUAUCCCACCAUCAUAAUGACGACGAAUCCCUCCUCGAAGAAAACCCACAAUCUUCUCGAAAACCCACACGUCUCGUUGUUAGUCCACGAUUGGGUCUCGCAUAGGCCGCCUACAGGAAACAGAGCUACGAGUCCGCCGCGGAACGCGGGGGGGAGAAGCAGUUUGGCGGAAAUGUUGAUAGGGUUGAACACGAGUGCGAUUAGUAGUAUUAGCGCGACGAUUAAUGGGGAAGCGAGGAUAGUUGAAAGGGGAGGAGAGGAGGAAAAAUGGUUGAGGGAGAAACAUUUGGAGAAUUGUGUUUUUCUUGGGGAGGAGGGAGUUAGGGCUGGAGAGGGAGAUGGCGGAAGAGUGUUUGUGGAGGGGGAGGAGGUUAGGGUUGUUAGUGUGAAGGUUGGGGAUGGAAGGGUUAGUGACUGGAAGGGUGCAGUUAGGGAUUGGGUCCUGGAGGGUGAUGCGGAAGGAGGAGAUAGUACUGAGGGUGAAACUUUAUUAAAUGGUGUUCAUUGA